GUCUUCAGAGCUGGGAUCCCUGUGGGACUUCAUAAGGAUCGACAGAGACAGGAGGCGCUCUGCCCCCUCAGCUUCCACCUACGAAGCCAUCCAAUCCGACACCCGCUCUCCGGUAAGACUUGCAAGAGAUCUCCUACAAGUAGUCCAGGAAACAGUCUUUUCAAAGAAGUUCGAAGAAUCGCCGAAAAGGUGUCCACUAGUUAAAGAAGAAUCUGACUUAAGUUCUGAUGGAGAAGAAGGGACGGAAAGAAGAAUUGCUAACUUAAUUGACUUCUUCUUUACUAUUGUUAAGAGUCAGAGGGGUGAGAGAAAGAGUAGUGGAGGUAGCUGCUUCAAAAGUGAGGUGACUCCUGAGGAGACUAAGCAGUUCGUUCCAAGUAAAAUGAACACAGAGUUAGAAGCCAAAAUGGAGACUCUGAUGGACUUCCUUGCGACUACAGGAUGUAUGGAGAAGGAGAAUGAAGUCGGUGACAAUAAAAUAACCCUUAUGGAGUUCCUUUUCGGUCCGGAAGACCCGAAGCCUAGUAUAGAAAUUAAUGAUGUGGAAACUGGUCUUAACGAGAAUAAUAUUAACGUUAAAGAUCUUACUUAUAUUGACGAUACGCCUGAGGAAGAAGCUGAGACGCUAGUCGAAAUGCUUAUCAAGUAUAUGGAGAAUUAUACUACGAAAGAGAAGUUCCAUUCAAAGUCUUUGACACCAUCUUUGUCUGAAAAAUCAAAAUCUGAUAUCACUAUAAGUAAACUGGAAACAUUCAGUGAUAUAAGUAAAACUAAAUCUGAUUCGACACUCACACAUACGCAAGAUACUGUUAUAGACAGAGGUGAGGACAGUUCAACUGACAGAAGGAUUUCAGAAACAGUAGUUGAUCUUAGUAAUGUAAAGAAUGAUCUAGAAAUGAUAUUUGAGGAAGCUGUGACUAGAGUUUGUGAGAUUAAAAAGUUAGAAGAUGAUACAAUGACUGAUCAGGAAGAUAUGGAGAAUUAUGAGUCUUAUACUAAACCUCCUAUGUUACCUUAUAUACAGUACUUACCAUAUAGUGUUGAACUAUCAGAUAUUUUAGAAGAAGAUGAGCCGUCAUCUCGAGAUCUCGAUAGAAAGUCAUCUGAUGAUCGGAAUUCACAAAUAAGGCAAGCUGCCGAAGAUUUACUUACCUACAUAGAAGAUAAAGUAGCUAAACACUUCGAUGACGAUUCUGAAGACGAAUUCGAUAUCAGUUCGAGUUUAAAACGAUCAUCGAUAAGCUUAAUCGAUUUGAGGAACAUCCCUGAUUUACCGCCAAGCAUGAUAAUUAAACCUAAAGUCGUGAAAGUCGACAAAUCAACGUCUACUACAGAAAUAUCAGAUUCUUUAUCUGAUAUAUCGAAGCGAAUUGAUUCCGGUUGCAUGACAGAAGACACAACUCUAACUUCAAGUUCAGAAAAAAGUGCUCGAGCAUUGGACAAACUAGAAUCUUUACACAAAUUCUUUUCAAGAUCACGCUUGGAGAUUAUAGACGAAACUGAAGAACAAGCCGUAAAAGUUAAAAGUCCUAAACAAAAGGUGAAUUCAGAAAGCGAUAGCAACGGCCAUGAAUAUAAAGCUGGAGCCAGUUUAGACGACGUUGAAGAUCUACAAGAUGACGAGAAAGCCAACGUUGCUUGCGGGGACAGUGUAGCAGAGAAGUCUAAAGAAAAGGAUGAUAUUAACAGUACGAAAGAAGAAGACAGUAAAAUGAGUAAAAGUUUAGACGAAAUCAAAGAGAUUAGUGAAGAUGAUGACACCCAAGUUAUAGACGAUGAUCGUGACAUGAAAAAAUGGAGUCCAUCUCCUGAAGAAAUUAUGGAAAUACAUGAAAGAUACAAAUUAGCCAUUAGUGCAGAAGCGAGUAAGAAUCAGACGGAAUCUGAAGAAGUUGUAACUAAAAUUGAUAAUUCUGAAAUUGAAAGAGAAAUUGAACGAGCCAUUUUACAUGAAAUCGCUGAAACUUGCGAAGAAGUUCCCGUUAAGAAGACCAGACAUACUUCAGUCUAAAGAUAUUAAAAAAAAUGGAUUUUAUAGUACAAAAAUUAUAUCAACAAGGAAAAAUAAACCUAGAUUGACUGCUAUUGCCAGACAUAAAGCAACCGUAAGUAAUAUCUAUGAUAGUAUUUAAAACAAAUGAAAAUUGUGACGUCAAACUAUUAUUCUACUCAUUUUAACGUCAACUAGACAGUUUGUUGACAUAAUGCAAAGGCGAUUCGGUACUGAUACUAUAAGAAAAAUAUAACAAUUGAAGACAGAAAAUACAGAAACUAAAACUACUACAAAAUUAUAUUUUACAGGGAGGAUUCUUCUAAAAAUAUCAUCAGGUAGUCGUUACAUUUUUAAAUACAACUCAAUAAAUAAUAAUCAUGACGUUUCAAAAACUACACAAAUAUAGAGAGCGUCAUGAUAAUUGUACGUUUUUAUAAAAGUCUAGAAGAAACUUCAGAAUCAUGCAAAGAAGAAAUACAGGUACACCGCAAACAAACGCAUUAUUAACUUAACUACGAUAUUUGACAUUUCAAAGAUAUCAUUGACAUUGCAAUUCUGAAGUCAAAACUAUCAAUUUCUUGACAUGAUAGAGCUAAAAUAUAGAAAAAUACUACACAAAAUAUAAAUCUUAAGAAAUGUCUGUCACUUCUUAGUGAUAAGCAAACAAAUAGUGAGAUUUUAUAAAAAAAUAAAUAAAUUUUAUUAUAAAAUAUUAUAAUUAUAAUAUUAAUAGGUUUUAAUAGUUGUAAUUGUACGCGUGGUUUGUAAUAGACUGGCCUUUUAACAAUAAUAAACUAUCUAUUUUUUAAUUUGCCUGACUUCUAACAAAUAAAUACCGUACGGGUCGAGCUAAAUAAAACCGUUUAAAAAGGUGGAGGUUCUCAAUUCGGAUGUUUGAAUUACCUACAUAUUUUCUAAAAUUCAAACCGUCACUGUUUUUACUAUGAAUGCAUUGGAAACAUAUUCACAGUUCAAACUUGCUGGAAACAGCCUAAAUACUCGCAAAUAAUCUGAAUAAUUUCCUUAGUCUUUUUUCACGUGACCGUACGCGACUGUCAUAGCGAAAUUCCAUCAAAAUUUAUUGAUCCCCAACAAAUGUGCGCGAACAAUUUACAAAAUGUUUACGCGUCUUCGCGAGUCAACUGCGCACAAAGAUCGUAAUUUCGCCGACACUAAAAAUGUUCGUACGCAAUUUCCUGCUGUUUGCUAGAGCGAGUAGACCAGAAGAAACAUUUGCGUCUGUCACAAUGGCGCACACCGGUGUAAUUUGGCCUUUUCGGUCAGGCAAAUUUGAUAUUAACUCUGACACUACAUGGCUUGUUAGGUGAUUAAACCUGCAGCUCACUCGAUAAGAAGGAGAUUAUUUUGAAAUAGCCAGUCUAUUACUGAUCACGUUUUAUAAUCUAUCCUUUUAUAUUUUAACUGGACUUUUUAACCAUUUUAUGGCAACUAAAAGUAUUUAGAAAAAAAAACAGGAUUCUACAAUAUGUGAAUUGAAUUUUCAUUCAAUUGUGUAGGAAACAGUCAUCAUUCAUUUAAAAGGAAUUCUUAUUUCAAAUCUCAGAAACGACAGGUUCUGUUAUGCAAUAUGAAUUUUCAAAAAAAGACCUUUAGGUAUUUUUACCGCGGAAAUCACAAUUAUUUCAAUAUUAAAAAAGUAUUAUAUGAUAAACUUGAUACCUACAUAUCUUCUUCCUAAAAGCAUAUCUACAAAAUAUCAUAAUAUAAUAAAAUAAUUCCCAGCCAUAGUCCAGUUAAAGUAUAAAUGGGUAGAAAAAAUACAUUGUCAAGAUAAUAUUUUAGGAGGAAUGGUAGAAAUUGACAGUGACAGAAUGCAAGUAGGUACAUAAAAUCCUGGGAAAUAAUUUUUACUACGUUUAAUGUUUUGUUAAGUUACGUUAGGUACCAUUUUUGAGAAGAGCUAUAGUCUGUUUUUUAAUCUCGUAGACUAAAUUGACACUUGCAAAAUGUCAAACUUUCUAAUAAUUUUGCUAGCU